AUAAUGCUUCCUAAAUUUUACAACUCUUUCGCUUAAGAUAAGAAUCUUUAAACUUUAAUAGAAUCCUUUAAUUAAUCUUAGAAGAAUCCAACUGUAUUGCAAAGGAGUCGUUAUAUUACAUAUAUGCCUUAAGGGAGCAUAAGGCCACCUCCAAAUGGUACGCAAACAUUAAGUAAAAAUACUUUAAUUUGAAGACAUUUUAUAGGAAAAAGUAACAUUUACAUUAUUAACCAACCCAUCUAUCAAGUAACAAUCUUAGUGAAAUCAUUAUUAGUUCCACUUUGACAAAUGAUCAAUAAGACAUAAUCUUGAAAUUUCAAAUUGGCAACAGAAAUUUAUAAAUUGUUACCUUAGAGAGGAUUACGAGAGAGUAGAAGGAAGAGGAGCAGAAUUAAAAUCCUUAUAUUGUAAGUGAUGCAAACUAAAUAGACAUACCAAUAUUCGUAAUAAUAAUAGUAGUAAUAAUAAUAAUAAUAACAAUAAUAAUAAUUAUAAUAAUAAUAAAAAUAGAAGAUCGAUUUUAAACUUGAAGAUGCAGAUGAGAUUGAAGUUAAUGGAAAUGAAAACAUUUUAACGAUUUCUACUAAAUCUACCAUAAAAUACAACAAAAUUGAGUAAUAUAAGAAACCUGUACAAAAUUUACAUCAAGAAAUUUAAAGUAAUUCAUACUUUUCAAUAAUUUAGGCAAAAAUGAAGCAUAAAUGAUUUAAAUUCAUUUUAAAUUUGUAAGAGAAUGGUAUACCAAAACAGGAAAUAAUUAAUUUAAUGCUAAGAAGGUUCUGCAAGAUUUCUUAAAAUCCUUAUCAAUACCUAAAAUUAAAUUUUUAGCAUUUGAUCAAUUAUAAUCCGUACAAGACGCAAUUCCAGGUCCUGAAAAAAAACCAGAAAUAAUUGAAAAACCAGAAGAAAUUGAAAAACCAGAAGAAGAGCAUGAGUAGAAAUCAGAAAAAGAUCUCUAAAAUCUGUUCCCUCAUGUGACAGAGGAGUUUGUAUAAAGGUAAAGAGAGGCAUUAGAAAAAAGUAGAUAUGUAUUAAAUCUAAAUUAGAAAACUAGACAACUGAGGAGAAGAUUAAACGCUUAUUUGAGGAAGUUAGGAUUAGGCAUUUUAAAUCAUAACCCUAUAAUGCAGAGAAAAAUAUCUUCAAAUGUCCUUAUCAUAAGUGUCAGAAGGUGUACAAGAAACCCAAUCAAUUGAAAAAUCAUCUGAAGACUAACCAUUAGAAAUUAUCAGAGAUUGGUCUAACAAUUGAUGACAAUGGCGAAUAUAAAUAUAAUGAAAGAAUUUUAGAUUACUGUUUAUUAUUGUGGAAAGUAUAUCCUAAUUUUGUGAAGUCAGUUAUUAAUGAAGUAUUGAUGUGAUUAACAUUUAUAGAUGAGACAAAGAAAAGAUCAAUCUAGUACAUGA